CAUUAGACAGCGGAAAAGAAGCAAACUACAUAUUUUCAAAGUAGGCUAUUUCGGAGAUAACUUGCUAGCAGUCAUGUCGAGCACAGAUAUAUUUCAGACACAGUUAUCCCAAAUCAUGGGGUUAUUAGUUGAAUCAACAGUUAGCGAGAUGGCGCGACUUCUCGACGUGUGUGCUGCUGUUUUGGAGAAUAAAGACAAUCGUUUCCUGGAGAGAGAAAUGGAGCGUGUGAAUACAACCAACAAAAUAAAGUUUGCGUCAUUCAUGGAAGUGUUGAGUAAAAGCUCGAUGGAGAAAAUAUCAUUACUAAUGACUGUGGAUGAGAUGGAGGUGACAACGGUGGAGAAGACUGGUGGAGAAGGCACAAGUGGUGGAGAUGCAGUAAACUUGCUUAACCCAGACGUAAAAUCACGUGUAAUUAUAAUCUGUCCAGGAGAUAUUAGAGAAGCACUUGCGACUCAAAAAGGAGCCGUAAAGGACGAGGGAUCUUCUGGGUCUGAUAGUCAGGAGGAUUACCUUGGCCUUGCCCCCUUGCCCUCACCUUCAUCAGAUGAGGAAUGGCUCCCUGAGGUUGAUCCCAGCCAGGGUAAUGACCUUGACCCUCAGGCACCAUCUGCAUCUAGGUUGAAGAUACCCAGAUCUGCUUCGGACCCAGACAAACAAGACGCAGGUAGGGAUGGAGAUGAUCAAGAUGUCCAAUGUGGAGAUUCUGCAGACGCCGCUCACCAGGGGCCCCUCAUCUGUGCCCACCAGGGGCCCCUCAUCUGUUCCCACUGUGGAAAAUGUUUCAAGGAGAAAUGGUAUCUGACGAGACACCUUCAGUCCCAUACAAAAUCUUACAGAUGCUCUCAUUGUGCGAAAGGUUUUAAUCUGGCGAAACAGCUGGCGAAACAUUCCAUUAAACACCAAGAGAACACCUUCAGUUGUACCGAUUGCGACGCGGUGUUUCGCCAGAAAUGUACUUUACAGUCGCACAAGAAACGUCACAAAACGGAGAAAACGGUCACGUGCGCAGUUUGUGAAAAAAAGUUUGUAGGGGAAAGGCACAAGUGCAUUGCAAAGCAGAGGACAUUCAGCUGCUCUUCCUGCCCAAAGGUCUUAAAGACCAGAGAAGGAUUGUCUUAUCACCAGGGAACACACUCCGGAGAGAGGAAGUAUUGCUGUGAGACAUGCGGCAAAACGUUCUUCACCUCCGUGUCCUUAAAAACCCAUAUGAUGACUCAUAAAGAGAAGGAUCAUAGCUGUACUGUAUGCGGCCAACCUUUCAACAAUGGACACGCUCUCAGAAAGCACAUGGUAGCCAGCCACCCUGGAGAAACGCCAGAGAAACGCUUCGUCUGCGACGUGUGUGGCAAAUGUUUCGCCAAAAGAGACCAUCUGUAUAAACACAUGAGGAGACACAAGGAAGAAAAACCCUUUUCUUGUGACGUUUGUGGCAAGAAGUUUCAUUCUUCGGGUAAUUGCAAAAGACACGAGAUAACGCACACAGGUGAGAAACUAUAUCACUGUGACCUUUGUGGGAAAAGUUUUACCCAGUCCGGAACCCUAACCAUACAUAAACUAAACACGCACACAGACGGCGAAGAAAAGCCCUCUUUCAAGUGUGAGAUUUGUGGGGAAGUUUUUCCAAGACGUUAUACCCUAAAAAAUCAUAUGGUCACUCACACGGGGAAGAAACCAUGUCAAUGUAGCGUUUGUGGGAAAGGGUUCUUUAGCAAUCCUACUCUUAAAGCUCACAUGCUCAUUCACACAGGGGAGAAACCGUUUGAGUGUGAUCAAUGUGGGAAAAGGUUCACCCAGUCGAGUCAUCUAAAAUAUCACGAGCGACAUGUGCACACGGGUGUCAAACCAUUCGUGUGUGACAUCUGUGGGAAGGCCUAUGCAAAUAGACAGAAUCUGAAACUCCACAAGUGCAGUGCUUCUGCUAAACAGUAGUCUGCGCAGUGCUUCUGCUAAACAGUAGUCUGCGCAGUGCUUCUGCUAAACAGUAGUCUGCGCAGUGCUUCUGCUAAACGGUAGUCUGCGCAGUGCUUCUGCUAAACGGUAGUCUGCGCAGUGCUUCUGCUAAACGGUAGUCUGGGCAGUGCUUCUGCUAAACGGUAGUCUGGGCAGUGCUUCUGCUAAACGGUAGUCUGCGCAGUGCUUCUGCUAAACGGUAGUCUGCGCAGUGCUUCUGCUAAACGGUAGUCUGCGCAGUGCUUCUGCUAAACGGUAGUCUGCGCAGUGCUUCUGCUAAACGGUAGUCUGCGCAGUGCUUCUGCUAAACGGUAGUCAUCUAGCGUCACAACUAGAUAAUUGUCACCCUGUCAAUGAGCAAUAUACACUGCUCAAAAUAAUAAAGGGAACACUAAAAUAACACAUCCUAGAUCUGAAUUAAUGAAAUAUUCUUAUUGAAUACUUUUUUCAUUAUAUAGUGGAAUGUGCUGACAGCAAAAUCACACAAAUUAUCAAUGGAAAUCAAAUUUAUCAACCCACGGAGGUCUGGAUUUGGAGUCACACUCAAAAUUAAAGUGGAAAACCACGCUACAGGCUGAUCCAACUUUGAUGUA